AUUUAAAUGAUUAUUUGUUUUGUAGAAAUAGUUAACAAUAAUAUUAUUUUUUCCUCAGAACUGAAGGAACAAGUCAUCAUGGGAGCAUUUUUAGACAAGCCAAAGAUGGAGAAGCAUAAUGCCCAAGGGCAGGGUAAUGGGCUACGUUAUGGGCUAAGUAGCAUGCAAGGUUGGCGAGUUGAGAUGGAGGACGCACACACAGCUGUUAUUGGUUUGCCAAAUGGACUUGAUGGAUGGUCAUUUUUUGCUGUAUAUGAUGGGCAUGCCGGAUCCCAGGUUGCCAAAUACUGUUGUGAGCAUUUAUUAGAUCACAUCACAAGCAACCAGGAUUUUAAAGGGUCUGAUGGACCACCGUCUGUGGAAAGUGUAAAGAGUGGAAUCAGAACAGGUUUUCUGCAAAUUGAUGAACAUAUGAGAGUAAUUUCUGAGAAGAAACAUGGUGCAGAUAGAAGUGGGUCAACAGCAGUGGGUGUCAUGAUUUCUCCUCAACACACUUAUUUCAUCAACUGUGGAGACUCAAGAGGUUUACUUUGUAGAAACAGGAAGGUUUACUUCUUCACACAAGAUCACAAGCCAAGUAAUCCACUGGAGAAAGAGCGUAUACAGAAUGCAGGUGGUUCUGUAAUGAUUCAACGUGUGAAUGGCUCUCUUGCUGUAUCUAGAGCUCUUGGGGACUUUGAUUACAAAUGUGUCCAUGGAAAAGGUCCUACAGAGCAGCUUGUCUCACCGGAGCCUGAAGUUUGUGAAAUUGAGAGAUCAGAAGAAGAUGAUCAGUUUAUCAUACUGGCAUGUGAUGGUAUCUGGGAUGUUAUGGGAAAUGAAGAGCUCUGUGACUUUGUAAGAUCCAGACUUGAAGUCACUGAUGACCUUGAGAAAGUUUGCAAUGAGAUAGUCGACACCUGCUUGUACAAGGGAAGUCGAGACAACAUGAGUGUGAUUUUGAUCUGUUUUCCAAAUGCACCAAAGGUAUUGCCAGAGGCGGUGAAGAGAGAGGCAGAGUUGGACAAGUACCUGGAAAGCAGAGUAGAAGAGAUCAUAAAGAAGCAGGGUGAAGGAGUACCAGACUUAGUCCAUGUGAUGCGUACGUUAGCAACUGAGAGCAUCCCUAACCUCCCGCCAGGGGGUGAAUUGGCAAGCAAACGGAGUGUGAUUGAAGCUGUUUAUAACAGAUUGAACCCCUAUAGAAACGAUGACGCUGACUCUGCAUCAACUGAUGAUAUGUGGUAAAAACUGCCCAUCUAGCUGUGGAGUUUACAUUCAUCCUCCAGUUGAAAGUGCAGCCCAACCUCCAUGACCCUUCUUAAUGUCCAGCUUCAACCUUAUUUAAAGAAGGGAUUAUGAUGUGUUGGUGAGUGACUACUCCAGAAAACUACAGCAGUACGACAUCUUGCCCAGGAACUGAUGUUUUUUUGUAAAACAGACUUCUGUAAACGUGAUUUCAAACCAUAACUCAUGUUGUAAAUCAGACUCCAGCAAUUUAUGUUGUAUGAUUUUGUUUUUGUAAAGUGCAAUUGUCCUUGUACAAAAUGCUCAUAUUUAAUUAUGAACUGCUUUAAAUCACUAUAAAGGUUAGAUGAAAUGUUUGGCUUGUUGUGUGAUGCAACAAAUAUAUAGCCCUUUCAAUUUAUGUUGUGGUUUUGGAUUGCAAGGAGCAGCAGCCUAGCCAGCUAGAUGCUCAAGAGGUGCACAAAACUGUAAGAUUACUCUGAAAGCUGAACAUUUGGGCAAUUUAUCCCAACUGUAGUGUAUGAAUUUGCUUAGCAUUGGGGAAAAUAAUUAACAUACUGCUCAUACUUCAACAAAUCUUUUUCUUUUUUUCUGUUGCCCUUUACUAUGGUCCCAGUCCUGCUUCUUCUUGAAAUCAGUGAGAGUUUUGGCUGUUACUUUGGUGGAAGAGGAUCAUGCCGUGUAAUACAGUGCAAUCACAACUAUUCCAAUUUUGAGGUUAAAAUGCCUUGAUUCUUUGCGCCUCUUUUUUACAAACCCUUAUCCAAAAUUACUAAUCAGUUGAGCAAGAGAGAGCAACUCUCUACAUACAGUAGGAGUCUGCAGCAUUUUUACUAUCCUGAUUGGCUGAGUCUGCUGCUGUUCCAAGUAAAAUACUCUGAAUUCCAUUUUAUCAAUAAAGCUUGAUUUAACAAACAACAAA